UGAUGCAUUAAAUAAUGAUUUUAUGUUUGAAAUUAUGAUGAUUGGUGUUUAAUGUGAGGUUGAGUCUCGGUGCUUGUUUCUCUUGUGCUGUUUUUGGUACAUUGGUGUUAAGAGUUAUAGAUCUGCACAGAACUCCACUGUUUGGUGUUUAAGUUAUGAUAACAUAAGAAAAAAUGGUUUGAUUACAGUCAUAUAUGACGCGUGAUUAUGUUGAGAUUUUGGUGAUAGUUCAUGCUUUGGUGAAUUGAGUAAGUCUUUGUAUUUUCCUGGUUAAAUCCGUUUAUUCUGGCAUCGCUAAACUAGUGUAUGAUGAUGUUGCUAAUAGUUUAUGCCUUUACGAAUUGAAUAUGUAUUUGUAGUACCCUAGAUUGGGAUAUGGGCCAUACCUUCCUCCUAGAACGAACCAAAGAAGGAGGCCAAGAAGGUCGCUGAAAAGUCCAAAGAAGCAGAGGCUGAAGAGGAGGCACCCAAGCCCAAACCCAAGAAUCCACUUGAUCUUCUUCCUCCUAGUAAGAUGGUACUGGAUGAAUGGAAAAGACUUUACUCAAACACUAAAUCCAACUUCAGGGAGGUUGCAAUCAAAGGAUUUUGGGAUAUGUAUGAUCCUGAAGGAUACUCUCUCUGGUUCUGUGACUACAAAUACCAAGAUGAGAACACUGUUUCCUUCGUGACUUUGAACAAGGUUGGUGGAUUUCUUCAGCGGAUGGAUUUGGCCCGCAAGUAUGCAUUUGGAAAGAUGCUUAUCAUUGGAUCUGAGCCACCUUUUAAGAUGCAAGUCAGUCCCGGAUUUGAAAAAGAGAAAGUAUAUACAUAUGACUAGCUCGCCGUCAAGCAGUGUUGUUGAUGGCAGACACUACCUAACUGUUGUUGCCGUGUACUAUGACAGUUGUAGCUAUUCAUGAUUCCUUGAUCUGUGUGGUGUUGGUGUAGUUUAAGAAUCCAUGCUGUACUGUUUUGGUAGGAUCUGUGUGGGCAGUAAUGUAUGAUUUCUUAACUGAAGCGAACCCUGUUUUCAGGUAUAUAGUUGAAUUGAAUCUCCAUUUGUAUUUAUUUAAGUCUAGUUUUAUAUUUCAAUCGCUAA